GAUAACCUACGGACCCGGAGUGAGCCAUGGCGGCUGGAGUCUCUAGGUUAGGUGGUGGUAGGCGCUUCUUCAGCGGCUUCUUGGCCGGGGCCGUCAUGGGGGCCGCCGGGGCCGGGCUCGCUGCACGGAGGCUCCUCCGCAGCCAGGACGAAGAUGAAGACUCUUCUUCCAGUUCGAGAAAGCCGGCGGAGUCAUCAGAAGAGACCAUCUUGGAGCAGUAUGGAUUCCCUGUGAUCGGGACCCAGGCCCGACGCUACACCAACCACGCAUUGUCCUACGAUCAGGCAAAGCGGGGGCCUCGAUGGGUCAUCGAGCACAUCUCCAAGAGUAAGACGCGGGGCAAUGCAGACCGAAGACACUGUAAAUUCUGCCCAGACCCCAGCAUCCCAUCAGCCUUCAGCGCAGACAAUGAGGACUACCUGGGGAGCGGCUGGUCGCGGGGACACAUGGCACCGGCUGGGAAUAACAAAUUCUCAACUGAAGCCAUGCAGGAAACCUUCUACCUCUCGAACAUUGUGCCUCAGAACUUUGAGAAUAACUCUGGCUAUUGGAACAGAAUUGAAAUGUAUUGUCGAGAGUUAACGGAGAGGUUUGAUGAUGUUUGGGUAGUGUCCGGACCCUUAACCUUGCCACAGACCGGAGAAGAUGGGAAGAAGAGAGUUACCUAUGAGGUAAUUGGCAAGGACAACGUGGCUGUCCCCUCCCAUCUCUAUAAGGUCAUCCUGGCCCGCAGGAGCCUCGCCUCUACCGAACCCCUGGUGUUGGGUGCUUUUGUGGUGCCCAACGAAGCCAUUGGCUUCCGGCCCCAACUCACAGAGUUCCAGGUGAGCAUCCAUGAUCUGGAGAAGAUGACGGGGAUCGUGUUCUUUCCUCGUUUGGAUACGGUGAAAGACACCAGGAACCUCUGUGAGGUGGACACGUGCAGGCUUCUGGACUUCCGGGAGUUCACGCUGUACCUGAGCAAAAGGAAGAUCCAGGGAGCGCGGACCGCCCACAGGCUGGAGAAGGUCAUGUCGGAGCUGAAGGAGGCUGGGGUGGAGGCUGACGAGCACCUCCUGAGCCUCUACAGAGAGAAGCUGAGCCAGCUCACCUCUGGGGAGCAGUCAGGAGCUCAGAAGAGGAAAUCGGGCUGAGGGCUUUGGGAGGGGCUUCCUUGGAUGCUGGGCAGCUGAUUCUGUGAGAGGUUCCCCAGCCUCCUCCUCUGGGACAGUCCCAGCUGAAAGCCGGAGACCUGAGAAGUGGGCUGGCUGCCUUGCCCUCUUUGAUUGUGUGACGAGACUGGCCAUGCCCAUCCAUGACUCCUCAGUGUGCCAAACACUUCUGCACUGCCCCAUGCCCAUGUAUUUGAGAAGGCCCAUUUCCUAUGUCCUGGGCAGGCUCCCUUAGAAUCCCAUGGCUGAGCCCUCCUUCCCCAAAGCCCCCACCCUAUACUUUGUAGGCAUUUGCCCCCUGCUCAUGGGCCAAGCAGCCCUCCUCCUUCCUGUUCCUGGUGUCUCUUCUUCAGGAGCAUGCAACAUCUGUCCUUGUUAAUCACCCCCAGAGGCUCCCUGCUCCUCUCUGAUGUUGGGAUACCUAAAACUGAGAGAGAAAGAUGACAAGUGGUCUGCAUUGUGUUUCUGCCAGUCCGUGGUUCUUGUGGAGCUCUCACCCAAGGUCUUGUGUCUGUUUCCAUGGGUGCCUGUGAUCCUGGGUCCUUCCGGGUCAUAUCUUUGAAGGACCUGGCUCCCUUCCUUUUAGGUCGGCCAAAGGGGGCUUCAUUUACUCAGUCACAACCCGUUACCCUCUCAGUCUGCUAGAAAGAGCUGUGACAGAAAACCUUCCUAAACUAGCUAGAAAUGCUCUCUAUGUUACCAGAGUCUCUUUUGCCUCCAGACAGGAGCUGACAGGAUUUCCCAUCUCCUCUGGGCAUAUAUGCAUCCAGCAGUGCCCUGCCUUAGAAUCUGGCUGGUUUGUGUAAAAUGUUCUAAAAGCUGGCUGAGAGCAAAGGCAUUGCCCCAGGGUGUGUCUGCCUGGGGCAGGUGGAGUGGGCUGGGCAGAACCUGGGUCAUGACAGGCUUAAUGAUAAUUAUAGUCCACGUCUAUACAGGCCUUAGCACUGACAAGAGUGCUUUGGAUCAGGGAUGCCCUCCAAUGUAAUCCCAGAACAGCCUUGUGAGGGAGGCAGGUGACGUCCCAGGGACACUCGGCACCUGUGGGGGAAGCGGGAAGUAGGCAGGUGAAUUCUACAUGUUUACAAAACACCUAGUGUGUGCUGGGUAGUGGAGAGACAGAAGGGAGCAGUGGUUGCCCUGCCCUUCAGCAGCUUCCCAUUUAAUGGGCGAGGGGAAUGUGCCACAGUUGACUUUAAUCCAAGGUGGGGGUGAUGAGGUGCUGAGGAGAUGCCACAUGAUGCUCCGGGGCGUUGGAGGACAGGAUGGAGGCAGGAGAGGGAGGGACGCCCCCUCUAGCUUGAGGCAUCGGGGGGCUCAGUGGCAGCAUCCACCACCUCCCUUGAGCUAGACACUUGACUUGGGGUUUGCAUGAAACCCUUUUCUGGGUUAUAAACAUACACAGUGAGAUUCCUUGGGGCGCAACGGGGACUUGUCUAAAUGGAUCAGACCACGGGGCUGUCUUUCCGUGCAGGGCUCUGGAAGCAAUUUCUAUAAUGUUUUUAUGUGUCUCUCUUGGCUUCUGAAAACAUAGAAGUCUUAAGAUAGAAUGGGGCUAUCAUGACAAACUUGGGCCUUGCUGUGUUCUGGUGAAAAGACUGCACUAGAUCCAGGGGAGGAAGACCCAGACCUUCCUUGUGAACAGCCCUGCAGCCCUGCCAGCCUUUGGUCUCUGGCCAGGCUGCUCUUUGCCCCUGCUUUGUUAUCCUUCCCCAUCAGCCCGCUUCCCCCACCCUGCCUGCCUUGUGGCACCCCUCUUUGGGGACAAGCAGAGCAUAGAUGCUACUGUCGUCCGGGGAGAUGGCUGUGCUGAUCCUGGUCAGCCCUGGCCCCAGACACAGCCGAUUUCCAGCGUCCCCUCUGGGGGGGACAGAGCAGAGAUAGUCAUUCACUCUGUGGGAUAGCUGGGCAUUGUUUCUAGGCUGGUGUUCUAGGCAGGCCCUUCCUAGGAUUAGGAAAUAAUUUUGAGGCAAUCUCCCACCCCACUGAACCCCAUGUACUAAGACCCCCUGACUUGAAAGAGGAAAUAAAAAUCCCUGCCCUGGGAGAGAGUCCAGUGUGAAUGGUAAAUGUUUGUUGAAUCAGUGAGGGGAAACAUGUCUGUUCAAUUAUCUAUUAAGGAAAUGUUUAUUAGAUGCGUAUUAUGAACAGAAUGCUGUGCUAGGCCUAGAGAGUGGUCCUGAAAUCAUAAUUGGAGGCUGAGUCCAGUCCCCUUAUUUCAGAUAUCACCCACUCUCAUGGAGCUUAGGAUCAUAUUGGGGAACACAAUCUAGUUGGACAAACUGGUCUCAUACAAAAUAAAAUUUAAGUACCCAAGAAGUACAAAGUGUUAGAUGACAACGUGUCAGGCUGGAAAGGUCAUUUAUGACCGGGAGGGUUUGGGACAGUCUCCUGGAGGGGCGGUGUCAUGUGUCCCUCAG